CUCUCUCUCUGAACGCAACAGCUGCAUAGUGAGUGAUUUGCAAACAUUGAAAGCAAGGCAUUUCGUCCGGCUAACAAUUGGCUAACUCAGCUAAUCAGAUUUCCAGAAAGAAAGAAGCUACCAAACUAACACCCCGUAUAUGUUAAUAGUUAAUAUAGCGAUUGUUGGCACACAAUAAGAAUACCUGACGAAGUCUGAACAUAAUGUUUACUUUAGAAAGUUAAGCAAAACAUCAAACUUGGAGCCCUGUGUGGUUGCUAAUCUUUUUUUUAACGAUCCACAUCAUGUUUCAUCUUAAGUAACAGUACAAAAGAGAUGAGCACUUGUUUUCUCUCCCCCAUUAAUUUAAUCAUCUGAAUUUUGUUUUGCCUGUCAGGACAAUUCCUCUGUGUGAAUCACAAAUAAUCAACUGAUCAAGUUUAUGCCCCAUUUCCUGACAGCGACUGGCAAGCCUCGACUGCUUCUGUUGUCCAGAAUGGAUCAUACAGGCUUACUCAGACUCUUAGCAUACGUGCUUUGCUGAAAUUUAAAAAAUCUCUUUGGAAAAAUUGGCAAGUUCCAUGGAAGUGUUAGGAGUUAUUUGGUAUUGUGUAAUCUAAUGAUGUCCUUCAUGAGUGUUUCAAAUGCAUGACACUUUUCACAUGUCCCAUAACAUUCAACAUAGUUUCGUACAAGCUUUCAAGUGAAACUUAAUAAAAAAAAGAAAUACCCAAGUAAAUUCCUGUUGACAUGCCUACCCACCCACUGAUCCCGUAUGUGGAAAGUCCUGAUGGACUAGGUCAUGACAUUCUCAGCCACAGCAGUGCAAGCAUGCCAGGUACUGGAUCUAGCAUGACGCCCCAUGCCAGUGGGGUGGAAAAACUAGACACGCUGGCAGAAAGUAGCCUACCUCUAGACUGCAUGUUUUGUGAGGAGACCUUCCUGCAUCAGGAAGACCUGGGACCACACCUUCUGUCCCAGCAUCCCACAACAUUCCAUGCUCCCGCAGUGUUGCGUGUGGAAGCAGAAUUCUUAACUCCCAGCGAAAGGGCUCGUACUAAGACCUGCCCAGCUGUGGAAAAGAAUGAGGAGCUCUGUUGCGUUGUGUGCGGCCAGGCCGUCGCAGAUGCGACCGAGCUGGAAACACACAUGCGGAAACACAAGGACUCUUUCACGUACUGCUGCGGCCUCUGUGGACGUCGUUUCAAAGAGCCGUGGUUCCUAAAGAACCACAUGAGAACCCAUGGUGGAAAGGCUAAAAGCAAAAACCAGGACCUGGAGAUUCCUGCCACCGUUAAUGAUGUCAUCCAAGACCAGCCCCCAUCACCUGUGGUCACGUCGUACAAAAUGUGCAUGGUAUGUGGCUUCUUUUUCCUGAACAAGGAAGUUCUGGCUGAACACAGCAAGGUCCACAAUCCUGAACUGGAAGUGGAUGAGAACGUCCCCUCUGAUAGCCAACCUGCUGAGGAGGUUCCUGUAUCGCAGAAGGCAUUUUUGCAAACCCUACAGUUGCAUCCUUCGACUGCAAGAGAAGAAGCUGAACAGAGUCAUUCGUCUGGCCGCUGGAUAUCCCAACUUGAUCCUUUUAACACCUACCAGGCUUGGCAGUUGGCCACCAGGGGCAAGAUUGCAGCAGGUCCGAACUUGGCCAAGGAGCUCAAUGCCGACUCCAACUCUGACAACGAGGACUCUGGUUCUGAAAAAGAGGAACUAGGGGCCAUUUGGGCUUCUGGUGGUGGAGACAAACCCAGGCGAGGCCUACGAAGUGAACUCAAGCCUAGCGAGACUCCUUCCCCUUCACCUGAGCAAAAAGGUUUGAUUCGUAAAGACAAGCCAACAAACUGCGAAGAGUGUGGCAAGAUCUUUCGGACGUACCAUCAGUUGGUCCUCCAUUCUAGAAUCCACAAGAAGGAGCGAGGGGGAGCAGAGAGUCCCACCACACCUGUAGACGGGAGGGCCCAAAGCGUAGGCUCUUGUAGUAGUUCGUCUCUAGACCGAGCCGAGGAGUACUCAGAGGAUGGCUCCGAAGAGGGAGUGCCAGUUGACGCCUUUAAUCCAGAAAAAAACGAGGAAGGAUCGGGAAAAAUGAAGCUGAAGAUUCUUGCGCCGAGAAAAUGCAGUUACUGUGGCAAGACUUUCCGCUCAAACUAUUACCUCAAUAUUCAUCUCAGGACACAUACUGGUGAAAAACCAUAUAAAUGUGAAUACUGUGACUACGCAGCAGCACAGAAAACGUCUUUGAGGUACCAUCUAGACAGACGUCACAAGGACAAACCUUUCACGGAAAUCCCGAACAUUCCUGCAACACCGUCUGCUAGAAAUAUUAUCAAGGCCAUUGAACCUCCCAAGAAUGUAGAUGACAAACAAGCUUUAAAACCAGCCAAACAGUGGCUUGCUCCUAAACCUCUGCCUGCCAGUGUUAAACAUGAGCCAGGCAUGAGCCAAGCCGUUAUUAACAGCACAAAUCCUUCCAUUCAAGUCAAGCAAGAGUAUGUUAGUGCUCCCGCUGCAGCUCCUUAUACCCCUGUGGGAGAGGUCAACAAAAAAUCGGUAAUCCCGAAGAUGGAGGAAAAGGAGGCUACCGAAGCACCUUUGAAUUUGUCCCUCAAAGUGCCACUUCCUGUAUCUGCUACCUCAGUACCCAGAAAACUGUUACCAACUAACACAUGCACCUCUUGCUCCUAUGAAACUCUUUACCCUGAAGUUCUCUUGAUGCACAAAAACCUCAUCCACAAGGAGAAGUUGGAUGUUAAGAAGAACGGAUACAGGGGACCUCAGAAACAGAAACGGUACACUGGUUGCCCGCCGGCUCUCGAGGGCAAAGACGUCACUCCCUUGCCCCACAUCAACAGGAAGCAUCCCCGUCGGACCAAAUCCCCCUUACGGCAACCGGAAAAACUUGGGGAGAAGCUUUCGAAACAGCCUCAGAUGUCUAAGAUUUCUCCUGCGAAGGAGCGCUGGAGAGAUCAGCACCAAGAGGGCCAACGGGGCAGGGAAUCGGAUGCAACCAGCUCGCAUUCUAGAAUCUCAGAGCAAGAAUCUAGCAGAAAAUCAAACGUGCCAUUGGUAAUCGAUCGAGAGCCGUCCAAACAGAGGCCUGGCCUGGAUCACGAGAUGAAUCAGAGGGCAAGCUUGGGCAAAAACGGAAUGGUUUGGCCCACAGAUCCGGCUAGACUUUGCCUGUCGGACCGUUUCCGGAACUUGACGCAAACGGACGUCGGCGAACCCUCUAGCAAGAGACACAAGUCUUUUGAGCCUCUACAUACUGCAUCUGGACGACUCGGAGAGGAUUUCAACCGGAUCGUACCCUCUGGCAGAAAUGCGAAAACCUUGUUGCAGGCUAACUCCCCUUUGGCUUCGGUUAAGGUGACUCCCACUCCGUCUCCCAACAGCAUGCAGGCCGACUGGAAUGUCAUCAACCUGCUCCGCAACUACCCGCCCAACAACCUGGCCUCGCUCUAUCACCCCGCCGCUGCAGGCUCCAGCCACGCUGUCAUAUCCUCACCGGUCACUGGGAGCAGGUCCUUGAUCUUCCCUCACUACUCUACUGGUAUGACUCAGAGGAGAGUCCAAACCAGCCCUCUCAGUAACGACCGCUGCGGACCUUCAGAUAAGAGCUCUUAGGCCUAUCCGGGCUUCGAAAUGCAUCGACGAAACGGUGGGGUCCUCAGUUUUGAGAAAAGUUGAACCGAUUUGAUGUUGCUCGCUGUUCUUCAGACACUACCGCCGCAAGGUUUGACGUGUUGGAAGGAUGUACUGUGUGUGGAUAUGGGCCUCGGGGCUCCGCUCUAGCCUUGGCUGCGAGGCAGAACGAACUUGGACCGCAGCCUUGAACAGUGUUGUUUUGAUUCAAUUUGCAUUCCAUUAUGGCAAUAGAUUCAUCCGCGGUGCACUUAACGCUGAAGCUGAACGUCAGACGCAUGACAGUUGACUUGUGAAUCUGUUGUGGGUCGGUGGUUUAUUAUGACGGGCCUAAAUACUAAUCAAACCACAAGUCCAGCAAGUGCCUCCAUUACUUUUUAUUAAAAGCCUAAAUGCGCGAGUGGACGCCGCUGGCCGAAUAAACAAAGAGGGCCGCUUCGUUUUUUUUUGUUUUUUGACGGCGUCCGUAUUGUUAAUGUUUAA